UACUUCCUUCCUGAAUACUUUAUAACAACAACACUGUUUAUAUGAACUUUUUUAACCUGUAAAUAAAAUGGAUGUUAUUCAGGAACAGACGACGCCCCCUGGUUCUGACGAAGAUGAAGAAGAUGAACAAUUAUCAACAAACUGUCCGAUUGCUGCAAGUUCUGAAGAUGAGUUAUUACUUCCGGGAACAACAGACGAAUCUCUGUCUCCAUUAGCGACUAGUGAAGACGAAAUAUUAUCUUCUCAGAAAAGCGAAGACGACGAGAAAUAUAACAGAAAAACUCCAACUGAACUCUGUCAACAAGGCAAAGAUGACCCUCCGGAUUCCGGACGGGUUUGUGUAGAAGAUAGUUUACAAACUAUGGGAAAUUCAGAAAGUACCCAUGAAUAUAAAGGACACCACGAUCUCAGGAAUACAGCCAUGCCUAUUCGUCUACCCAUGCCUGACUCAAUGGAGUUGGAGCGAAGGUUCACUAAAGUCUUGGCCUCUAUGGACUUGCCUCCAGACAAAGCUAAACUACUCAAAGGAUAUGAUGAUGAUAAAAAAUGGGACCUAAUUUGUGAUCAGGAAAGAGUUCAUGCAAAGGACCCUCCCAAUGUUUACUUGGACCAUCUCAAAACGUAUUUGGAUCCUAAGGCUAGCAGAAGUACAAGGCAAUCACAGUCAAUCAAGAAAAAGAAAAUGUUAGCGGAUUCAUCAUCCACACAGGUGCUUCGUGACUUAGAAAUAUCACUUCGUACCAAUCAUAUAGAAUGGGUACGAGAGUUUUUAAGUGAAGAAAACCAUGGAUUGGAUGUUUUAGUGGACUAUUUAUCAUUUACACAGGUUGUCAUGAGAAGGGAGCAAUUACUUAACAAAGAGAAGAGUGCUAGUCUCGAUGGAUUGUCUCGGAGUCCUACACGAAGACUUAAGCGAUCAAAUACUAUAGGUUCUCCCCGAAGUAUAAAAAAUUCCAAAUUAAAUUUUGGGGAGGCCAGAGAUGAUGUUCAUGUUUGUAUCAUGUGUUUACGUGCCAUAAUGAACCAUCAGUAUGGUUUCAACCUUGUCAUAGCUCAUAAACAUGCCAUUAACUGUAUAGCCCUCAGUCUUAAUCAUAAAAGUUUACGAACAAAAGCAUUAGUGUUAGAAUUAUUAGCAGCAGUUUGUCUAGUCAGUGGAGGACAUGAGAUAAUACUCUCAGCGUUUGAUAACUUUAAACAGGUGUGUGGAGAAGCACAUCGUUUUGAAACCCUCAUGGAUUAUUUCAAAAAUUAUGAUGAAUUCCACAUAGAUUUCAUGGUUGCCUGUAUGCAGUUUGUGAAUAUAGUUGUACAUUCUGUAGAAAAUAUGAAUUUCAGGGUCCAUUUACAGUAUGAGUUUACCACUAUUGGUCUGGAUGACUACUUAGGGAAAUUACGGCAUACAGAAAGUGAUCGACUUUCAGUUCAGGUUCAUGCGUAUUUAGAUAACACAAUAGAUGUUGCCCAGUUGUUAGAAGAUUCAGAAAUGAAAACAGAAGCUUUGGAAAGGGCAGAAGAUUUAGAAGAUGAAUUAUCAAGGGAAAGAGAAAGAUUCCUUGAACUAGAAGAUGAAGCAAUGGCAAAAACAGUUGAACUUGAAAAGCAGUUAUCAGAAGCUACAAAUGAAAUAGAAGAAUUAAAGGAUCUAUUAGCCCGACAUGAAUCUGAAGUGAAUGAGUUGAGACAGAUUGUAAAUGAAAAAGACGAGGAAUCUAAGAAAAGACAGAGUAUGCUGGAACUAAAACUAAAAGAAAUGGAACAGCUAAAAUUAAGUGCUACUACAGGAGGAAGUGCUGGAGGAAUCACCACAGGAAUUGUACCAGAUUUACCGCCCCCGCCACCACCAGUAGUAGCUCCCCCACCACCUCCACCACCACCACCUCCUGCUCCUGGGGCAAUACCUCCCCCGCCACCACCACCAGGAGGAGCUGUUCCAAAUAUGGGUGCAAUGACUAUAAAAAAGAAAGUACAGACCAAGUUCAGGUUACCCGUACUGAACUGGACUCCAUUAAAACCACAACAAGUGAAGGGAACAAUCUUCUCAGAUCUAGAUGAUGAGAAACUUUAUACUGUGAUAAACUUCAAUGAAUUUGAAGAAAUUUUCCGUCUGGGUGGAGGUCCAGGACUGGUUGACGAUGGUACUCCUAAAAUGUUGAAAAAAUCCAGAAAACCAGAGAGUAUAAGUCUGAUAGAUGGGAAUAGAUUAAGAAAUUGUGCAAUAACAAGAAGGAAGAUAGAAUUAACCAAUGAAGAAAUAACCAGAGCUAUUAAUUAUAUUGAUUUGAAAACCCUGUCACUAGAUAUGGUUGAAAUUCUUUUAACAAUUUUGCCAAAUGACCAAGAGGUGAAAGCAUUUAAGCAGUAUGAGAAAGAUCGUAAACCAUUGGACAUGUUAACAGAUGAAGACAGAUUCCUCUUUCAGCUUUGUAAAGUGGAGAGAUUGUCGCCCAAAUUACACAUCAUGAGUUUUAUUGGAAACUUUUAUGAUACCAUACAUAAUUUAGUACCACAAGUUAAUGCUGUUAUAGCUGCCUCCAUGUCAAUAAGAAGUUCACAGAAAGUCAAGAAGAUGUUAGAGAUAAUUCUUGCCUUUGGAAAUUAUAUGAACAGUGCUAAAAGAGGUCCAGUUUAUGGAUUCAAACUUCAAAGUUUAGACAUGUUGAUGGACACAAAAUCAAAAGAUAAGAAUGUAUCGUUGAUGCAUUAUUUAGUCAAAACAGUGCAAGAAAGAUUCCCAGACUUACUCACCUUUGAGUCAGAGUUGAGGUUUUUAGAAAAAGCAGCCAUUGUUUCCAUGGAGAAUAUUAUUGUUGAUAUUCAUGAAUUAGAGAAAGGAAUGGAAAUGACAAAGAAGGAAUAUGAUGCCAGGAAGAAUUCACGAGAUUUACCUGUCAUCCUUAAAGACUUCCUCAGUAAUUCUGAAGAAAAACUAAAAAAAUUACAAAGUGAUCAGAAAACAGCACAGGAUGCCUACCAUCGGGUUGUAGAAUACUUCGGAGAGAAUCCUAGAACAGUGGCUCCAAACACUUUCUUCUCACAGUUUGUAAGAUUUGUCAAUUCAUUUAAGGCAGCUUUAGUAGAGUUGGAUAAAAGAAGGAAGAUGGAACAUGCUGCACUGGAACCUCCUGCACCAAAUAAAGAUAAACGGAAGGACAAGAAACAAGUCCAGCAUGAAGAGGAGAAUGGAAUUAUAGUGGUACCUGUAAAGGAUGCUGUUGUCAAUGAAUUAAAGAACAGAACAAAACACAUCAAGGAGAAGAAAUUAUUAAACAAAGAUGAGGUUUAUCAUGGUGCUUUGGAAGAUAUACUUCUAGAUUUGAAGAAUGAACCAUACAGGAGGGCUGAUGGAGUAAGAAGAAGUCAAAGAAGAAGGAAUGAAGGACUAAUGACAACAUCAAUGGGAAAUGACAUUUUCUGAAGAGUUAUAUCCCUUUGCAAGGGAUUAAAUAUACAUACAUAGCAAUGUAUAUAGCUCUUAUAGCUCUCUUUGUUAAAGUUAACAGGGGGUAGAUAGAGUAUAAUGUCCACCAUAUUUCUCUCUAGGUCUAUACACAAAACCGAAUUGAUAUUUUCUCCUUUUACAGGGGGUAGGAGAAAAAAUUUACUCUACAAAGUGGUAUUAAACUAGGUACAAUGAAGUAGAGGGCAACAUGAAAAGUAUAAGAGUUUUCUUAAAGCUUUAAGAAGACUUUAUACAGUUAGAAUGACAACAAUUACUGUAACAAUUUUUGCUUUUUUUCGCUUUUUUAGUAGUCAAAAAUUGGAAAUCAGUUCAAUGUAGAUACAUGUCAAGUCAUAAUAAAGAAGUCAGAGAAUCUCAGACGGUACUUGCCACAGAAUAUUGCAUUUAAUUCAAAUGUAAUCUCAAACAUUUAACAUUUUUAAACUUAUAAAGAAACAGUGGAAAACUGUCAUUUUUUUAAACUCCAAAUAGCUUGAUGAAAAACAAUCUUUGAUCUGUUUAAAGGGAAAUAAUCCAUUUGAUACUAUGUGAUUAUUAGAUUAUAAUUAUAUGGUAUUAAAGUAUGUCUUUGUUUAAGUUCACAAAUUAUCAAAGUUGGUGAUCUCUUGUUUAAGUUUUAAAUGAAUUACAAUAAUUUUCAAAGCACGUUAAAGUGGGGCCCUUUAAAGUAUAAUAAAAACUUUUUAUUUUAAUUGAUUUAAACCACACAGAUGUUUUAAUUACAUUGAGGUGCUGUUCAUUGUUAAGCAAGGCAUAAAAGUUUUUAAAUUCCAUUGUACUUGCUUGAUAUAAGUAAGAUGUACAAAGAAUUGCACAUCAGUGUUUUUAAGUUUUAAAACUGUAAUCAUGUAAAUACAGUUGAAAGAAAAGGACUAUUUCACAUAUUCUUGUAAUGUAUUUCCGAUGAUAGAUCUAUAUUUGUACAUAAUGUUUUACCUAUUGAUAUGAAUGAAUGUGGCAUGAAUGAAGAAAUAUUUAUUUCACAGUCAUCUUGUGCAAUUUUAUAUGUUUUUAAUGUUUUAUACAUCUUCGUUAUAAAUCAUUGUCAUUUACAUAUGAUAGGUGCAACUGUUUACAUGUAUCAUUUCAAAAUAAAUGUCAUCAAUGUAUAUCUGUUUCAGAAAACUAUAGGCCAGUUGAAAAAUGUAAUAUUUUAUCAAGUUGAGUUUCAUAGGUAUUUAAAAGAAACAUGGUUGAAAUCUCAUGCUAAAAAAAUAAUCGUAUGUUGUGUUUUUGAUAUCUUGUAAAUCAUUAAAUGUUUCAAUCAGACAAGGAAAUAAAUGAUAUCUUAUUCACUAAUAGGUAGGUAAGUGAUUCCUUGUUGUGAAAAUAAUUUGUGAUGAAUAAUACUGAAAGAAAUAGAUAAUAUACUGUAUAAAAGAGUUCAUAUUGAUAACAUCACCAAUCAAAUAUUUUAAACUAAGCCUUUCCUACAGUAAAGGUCUGUAAGUGAUCUUUUUAUAUAGCUUUCUAUUUUAAUAAUGGAGAGCUUCAAAAGUUGGAUGGUCUAAAGCUGUUAUCAGCCUAAAAAAUAUAAGAAAUCCUUGAAGAUUUUUGUAAAUUGUUUUUAAAAUACUUUGCACCUAAAUCAUUACGAACACAGAAAUAAUGUUGAAAUCUCUGAUCAAAUGUCAAACAUACUAAUAUUUCCUUAGAAAAAAACCCACUUAAAUAAAUAUGCUAUGCUUUUAUAUUUUUUUUUGGCAAUGAUAAUUUCAAUAAAAUGGUACUUUUGUAUUCAUAUAAAGUUGGGAGUAUUGACUUUUUGCCAGAGGUUUGUUUUGAAAUUGGAAAGAUAAAAAUGAAAAGUUAAGAGAUGAUUGUCUAACAAAAGAUCAAUAGUAUUCAUUCUUCCCUAAGACUCAUAGCAAUAUUUCAAAUAAUAGCUUACUGCAUUGUAUUGUAACUUUUUAAUUAUCACUAGCAUUUUACUAAUCAUGGCAAUCUAAAACCCUGAAAAUAGAAUCAUUGCUAAAUGUUUCAUCACAAAAUGAAUUGCUCUUCUGUCUUAUUGUAUGUUUGAUAAAUGUAUUAUGUUAAUGCAUUUAAUAAUAAGAGUUCUUUUUUAUUUUAAUAAAAAAAAUCAAACCUGAAUAUAACAUGCCAUUUGGUGCUAACCUUCACAUUCUGUUAAUUAUAUCAAAAUCAUUCUUUUAUCCUUAAACCUGAAAUUGUUCUGUGGUGCAGUGAAUCCAGUAAUAGAACUUACUUUGGGUACUAUAAGAAUAAAGUUAAGACUUGAAAAUUUAAGAAACCUUACAUUUCAUUACAAACAAUAACAUUUUUUUCUGGUGAUAUUAUUUUUACAGAUGAUUUGCGCUUUGAAAUCUUUAGUUGCUACUUCAGUGUUUUAUAUAUAAGAUAUGACAGUUCUCUGAACAAACUUUAACUACUGAGCUUUAAUCAGCAAUAAAUAGUGCUUUGUUUUAUUCGUCUAGUAUGAUUUGUUCGACUACGCAAUAAUUAUUUUCCUAUGCAUUUAUAUAUUUCUUGGUACUGCCAGCAUUGUUACUUUCAUAUAGUUAGACUCGGUUAAACAUUCCUGUUUUUCAUUGCCUGUAUGUUCCUAAUCCUAAAGCAUAACAGAUAUCUAGUUAUAUUAAUUUUUUUUUAUUUCUCCAUAGCUGUAGAAUUGGCAAUAAAUGAAAAAUCUGUGGAAAGAACAUACAUAUAUUCAAGUGACCAAAAAACUAAAUUUGGUUUAGUUUUAUUUUAUUAUUUUUAUUUAGCUUGAAUGCUGCAAGUGACUGUGUGCAAUGUCUGGAUGAAUAAUAUGACUUUAUUUUAAUAUAAAUUCUUAGAGCAGUAAAACUGCGGUAAUUUAACCCCAAUUACUCCUACAGUGUUUUUUUUAUUUAUUUAAUGUAGAAUAUAUGAAUUAGUUAUUACAAAGACCAGUCUUAUGUGUUUAUAAGAUCUAUUUUAGUGUUUCGAUGGACGUAUGUUUGUUUAUGGUUAUUUUUGUAGAUUUUUAUUUUGCCUACUGUACCUCACUAAUUCCCUUACUUAAAAUUAAACUUCCAAUUAGUUCUAGUCAAAUUUGAAUAUUAUUAAAUUUAAUAAUUUUCCAAAUCAAAUAUAAAAAAACACUUUUUCUUUUGGCAAGUUUAUGAGAAUUUCAGACAUAAAUUAUGACUGAAGUUAUAUAUGGUCAUAGGCUGUUUAAAAAGAAAUAAUAAGAAACAACAAAGGUCUAUUUUAUUCAUUGUUGGUCAGAAAAUGUUGUGAUACAAAGUAUAGCAAUUUGUCAAAUCAUACCAUACAUUCUCCUCAUCAUUUUAGUAUGACAUUUAUCUGUAUAUUUGUCAUGGCAAAGAUUUAUAAUGUUUUUAAAACAUAAAUUGUACUGUCAUAAGAACAUGCCUUAAUUUGUACAAUAAACACAAAAAAUACAAAGUAAAAA